UACUAAUAUUAAAGAUCAAUGGUGGCACUGAAUUAUAGUGCCAGGCGGGGAGUGUGCUGCCUUAUGACUUUGAGAACUUUUAUUUUGAAGUUAUUGUUUGAGCAACACUGCCAUCUAGUGGCUGUUCAGCCAUUUUGUUUAGUUGAAAGUAGGAAGCAACCAGAGCACACGGCUUGAGAGAUGAUGCAUCUAAUUUGUUUCUUUCCACUGUUCCUGGGAUACUAAUUGUCUGUAAGUAAUCAAAAAGUAUUAUUAUCAUAUUAAGGACACUUCCAUGCAUUAUAGCGUGUAAAUUCAUAUUCUGAAAGUGUCAUUGCUACAUUCAAAAGUAUGUAAAUUACUGCCAGCAGUUUAUGUUUGUGUUUAGUUUUUUAUUAGCGCGUAUGUAUAUUGAAAUAUGUUUUUUGUGUGUUCUAUAUUUUCAGUUUUACAAUAUAAAGAGGAAUUCCAAUUAAAUCAAGAAAAGUUACACCUUGAAGCAUUAUUGGAGUCAUUCUUCAUGUUAGCUCACUGUCUAGCCUUGCAGAGCAACGCAUCGUGAGGACAGUAUACCAUUUAUAAAAAACUCAUAGAACAUUUUCACAGUACCCAAAUUGAAUUCCACCCUCUUUUCUUUACAUUUUAAAAACACCAUCAUUUUGUUUUCUCUUUCUCCUUUCUUGUUAAUCUCAUCUAGCCAUUGCCUUGGUAUUGCUUUCUUGAUAUAUUCAUACUGUGUUUUUUUUUUUUUUUUUUAAACCAUGACAUUAAAAUCCUCCUUCUCCUCCUCCAUCGCAUCCAUAAUCACUUGGAGCGGUAAAAAUCCAUCUUUCCACUCCCAUAAAACAUCUCUCACUUUUACAAUCCCCACUUGUAGCCACUUCUUAAAAUAGAUAUCUCGCUCGUGUAUCUUUAUUUUGUCAUUUAAAAACAGAGGCUGAUUUAAAAUCGCUUACCUCCCCUCUGGAAUAAAAUCCACCUCUGUUAGAAAAAGCCUCCAAACAUUUAAAACCUCUUUAUAAAACUGUGGUAUCCCCUCCAUCAUCUUUUCAACUUCAUUCAUAAAAUGUUUUCCCAAAGGUUAAAAUUCCCACAUUUAUUUAAAUAAAAACCUAUUUCUUCCAUUCCACUUUAUUCUUAUCAUCCAGAUAUUUCCUAACCACUUUUACCCUCAUGCUUUUCAUCUUCUGUUCCACAUCAACUAAACCCAUACCUCCCUCUUCUGGUUUUCCUAUCAGCGUAUAGUACGCUAUCUUUGGAGGCUUUUUGUCCCAUAAAAAUUCUAAAAUACUCUUUGUUAAAAUUGCUCCUAAAAUCCUCGGCCCGUAUCCCUAAAGAAUUUUUGUGCAAAAAGUGGCUCCUAGCGGCCAAAUUCUAAGAAAAUUCUCAGAGUCAUGACGUUUUCUCAGAAUUUCCCCUAAAAGUGACACGAAAAUCCCAGUUAAUAUAAAAGCUAUUCCUCAAGAUUCCUAGCGCUUAAAAGGGCGCCUAAGGCGAGAUCUGCUAAGAGCAGGGAAGAGGACUUUUAGUGGCUUAGGAGUUCCCCUAAGCAGCUGCACAAAAUGGCCAACAGAGGAGGCAGGAGAGAUGUCCUGCAAACACUGGAUGACAGGGAAUUAUUGAGACGCUACAGAUUGGAUCGUGCAGGAAUCAUGUUUGUGGUGGAUCUCCUUAGAGAUGCAAUUACUUCACCAACUCGACGCCACAACGCUAUUACACCGGAGAAGAAAGUAAUCACAACCCUGAGGUAUUUGGCAACAGGGAAAAUGCAACAAUGCAGCAGUGAUGACUUGGGUCUGUCCCAAUCCUCCGUCAGCAGAGUCAUCACCCAAACACUGACAGCUUUGUCACAACCUAAUAUUGUGACACAAUUUGUUUCAUUCCCGCUGGAUGCCCGCACUUUACACACACAUAAAAGGGCAUUUAUGGACAUUGCAGGAUUCCCUGGCGUUGUGGGUGUAAUUGAUGGAACACAUGUGAGAAUAAUUGCGGCAUCAGAGGACGAGGCAGUCUUUGUUAACAGGAAGAAUUUCCACAGCAUCAAUGUGCAAAUAGUGUUCAAUGCGGCCUGUAAGAUUUUGGACAUUGUGGCUAAAUGGCCAGGCUCCACACAUGAUGCGAGAAUGCUCUCCGAGAGUGGCAUCAGACAGCUUUUUGAGAGACGCUAUGUGCCAGCUAAUUGCCACUUGUUAGGGGACAGUGGCUACCCAUGCAAAUCAUGGCUCCUUACACCUUACCUCCAGCCACGCCAAGGGCCCCAAUUAAACUAUAACAGGGCCCACAAGACAACAAGAGCGGUGGUGGAGCGUGGCAUAGGCCAGCUUAAGAGGCGCUUUCAUGUUCUCCACGGAGAGGUGCGGCUGAGGCCUGAAAAAAUCAGCAAAGUCAUCAUAGCCUGUGCAAUAUUACACAAUAUUUGCAAGGUUAGACAAAUUGCAGAACCUCUGGAGGAUGGCGAUGAGGAUGAAGACAACGAUGAGGAUGGUGGUGAAGAAGAUAUUCACAUUCCACAGGGGAACCUAGCCCAGAGUGGACUGCCUUACAGGGCAAACUUCACAAAUUUACAUUUCAGGCAAGCUGUAGCCCCAUGUCAUUUGAGAACUUGUGAUGGUAUUAAGAACUACCACAGUUUUACUGCACAUCACCUGCAAUUGUUAAACGCAAGACACAGAACACAAUCUGUAAAUGGUUUAUUUUUUAGGUGUUCAAUUUUAAGGCGGUAGUACUCCUCCUGAAGGGAAAGGACUUUUUUUUUGUUGUUCAAACACAUCAAUUGUGAGUUGCAAUCUUCUCUCCUGCAGGGAUGCUGACGGAGCAGGUGCUUCGGAUGGGAAUGGUGUUAGAUCCGCCGGGCUAUCCUGAGUAGCAGCUGCAGAUGGUUCAGGCGGCAAUCUUGUCGGCAAACUUGAUGGGCCCGGUUCUUGUGAUGUCUCCAUGCUACAGAAAUACAUAGGCCUAGUUUAAUUAUUGUUUUGAUUAAAUUAAUUUAAUACAAUGAGCAUGGAUAACACAUGAAAUGGCUUCUGCAAUGAAUAAACACUGUUGAUAUGAAUAACCCUGUGUCCUACCUUUGCUGCAUUUCAAGGGCCUGCAUCAUUGACAUGUCAAUGCCUGUUGGCAGCCCGGAGACACUGACCUCAGAGUGUCCCAGGACUUGAAAGACAGUGUCGGCCACCUGGGACAGCCACUUUGCAGGUGGUCCACCCCCUAGAAAGAAACAGUCAAUGAACACAGUACUUAGGCAUGUAAAUUAACUUUGCCAGCAGGAGCAAGUUGCCAGAUUAUGUGGUAGGCUAUAGUAUUUUGCUCACCUGUGAGUGAGGAUUCCCGCUUGUGUGCUGCAAUCUCAUCUUUUGCCUUGGACUGCAGCACAUACCACCUUUUCUCACAAUCGUCGCCUGUCCGCACCACCAGUGGAAAAGAGGCAUUGAUUGUUUGGGAUAUUGUGUCCCAGGCACGCCUCUUGCCUUGGUUAGUGACAGUUGGGCCAAAUU